AAGUAUCUUCUUGAUAGGCUCAGACUCUCUUAAUCAGCCUGUAAUGGAGCUAAUGGCUGUUUGUCAUCCUUGGAGAUAUAAAUUUCCUGGCGAUGUCUACUGCAGACAGUGCAUGAAGUAUGCUCUGUGUGCCAGCAAGGGCUGAUGAUCAGGGGAAGGGCAGGGUACUCCAUUAGAGGAGGAGAAGAGCAGAAGCUGCCGGUGUACAGAACUCUGCUUUUCCACUACUGAGACAUGGAUAAUGCUGUUGAUGGACUGGAUAAGGCUUCCAUUGCAAACUCAGAUGGACCCACGACAGGUUCCCAGACACCUCCUUUCAAAAGAAAGGGUAAACUUUCUUCUAUAGGCAAGAUUUUUAAACCUUGGAAAUGGAGAAAAAAGAAGACCAGUGACAAAUUUAGAGAGACUUCAGCAGUGUUAGAAAGGAAGAUAUCCACAAGACAAAGUAGAGAGGAGCUGAUAAGAAGGGGAGUACUUAAGGAAUUGCCUGAUCAAGAUGGAGAUGUAACUGUAAAUUUUGAAAAUUCAAACGGGCACAUGAUACCCAUCGGAGAGGAGGCCACACAAGAGGAAAAUGUAGUAAAGUCUGAAGAAGGUAAUGGCUCUUUGUCUGAAAAAGCAACAACUGUGGAAGAAAAAACAGAAGAUAAGAAAGAAAAUCACUCUGAAACAUCGGCACACCCAGUUCCAGCUCCUCCUAAGCCCAAGCCUAAACCUAAACUCAAAAAAGCAGCUGUACCUCCAAAAGGGGCUGCUGCUGUACAGGCAAGCCACAAGGGUGAUGAAGCACCACCCAGUAAAAAAACCACCAAGGCUCCUGGUAAGCAGCCCCCCAUUCCUCCACCCAAGCCGACAAGCCGAGGGGUGACCCGAGAGGUCGCUAGUUCCUCUCACUUGAAAAAAACAACUGUGUCCAAGUCAUCGUCUUCCCCAUCAACUUCUACCACCUCAUCUCGUUCCAAAGCUUCCAAGGAGCCAGCUUCCAGCAAAACAGCCGCAGCAGGGACUUCACGGGGCAAGAAAAAAACAAGCAAACAGUCAACCUCCCGCCCACCUCCAGAGAAAGCUGUUUCUAGCACGUCCAAUCUCAAGGCAGAACCUUUAGAAAUCAGAGUAGAAAAUCUGAAGACAGAGUCUCCUCCCAUUUCAGAAGAGCAGAAUACAGACCUACAGAAUAAAUCAGUAGUUCCUCCUCCACCUGUAGCACCACCUCCUCCUCCACCAGCCCCUUCUCUUCCUCUGGAAAAUCAAUGCGUUAAUGUGUCUGAUGUUCCGGCUGUCAUGGUUAGCAAUGGGGCUAGCCUAUCUGUCUCUGCCUCAGACUCGAAUCAUCUUAAGACAGAAGAGUUGACAGACAGAACCACUCUUCCUUCAGAUAUCAGCUUGGGUGUUAACAGAGAAAACAAAAAAUGUUUGACAGCCAAAGAAGAGCUGGUAAAGGAUGCACCACGGCUAAUGAUUCCUGUUUUGAUGGGAGAGUCUUCUGAAUCUCUCAGCAGCACAGAGGUUGAAGUUCGAAGAGAGAACCAAGCUAAUGAUUCUGAUUCAGAUGGGCCUAUUUUAUAUACAGACGAUGAUGAUGACGAUGAUGAUGACGACGAUGAUAGUGGUGAAAGUGCUUUGGCAAGUAAAAUACGUCGCAGGGAUACUCUUGCCAUCAAACUUGGCAACAGACCAUCUAAGAAAGAAUUGGAAGACAAGAAUAUCUUACAACGAACCUCUGAAGAGGAGAGGCAGGAAAUUCGACAACAGAUUGGAACAAAGCUUGUCAGGAGAUUAAGCCAGAGGCCAACAAGUGAAGAACUAGAGCAAAGAAAUAUCCUAAAACAAAAAAAUGAAGAAGAAGAACAAGAAGCAAAAAUGGAACUGAAACGCAGACUCAGCAGAAAGCUCAGUUUGAGACCAACAGUGGCAGAGCUACAAGCAAGAAGGAUUCUUCGGUUUAAUGAGUACGUUGAGGUCACUGAUUCUCCUGAUUAUGACCGCCGAGCAGACAAACCUUGGGCCAGACUAACACCUGCAGAUAAGGCAGCAAUAAGAAAAGAGUUAAAUGAAUUUAAAAGUACAGAAAUGGAAGUCCAUGAAGAGAGUCGACAGUUUACAAGGUUUCACCGCCCCUAAUGAAAUGCAAGAUUAUUAUGAAUCAAUCAUUUGCUGAUAAUCUUUGGGGAAAGCACUGUUUCCUGAAGACUUGAGAUUGCACUGGAAUUUGAAUGUGUGUGUGUGUGUUGCAACUUCACCUGUGAUAAAGAAAGUGGCCCUUGGUUUUAUUGGAGAAAAACUCCUCCCCUUUUACUGGAGAGCUCUGAUACAGGGCAAAGGAAAAAAGAGGACACAGUGAUCCUUUUUGUCCAGCAAGUGUUGAUGGUAAGAGAUACUCUGCUUGAGCCAUGAUCAGCUCACAUGGCUAAACAGACUUUUAUUCAUUAGAAUUUUUACCAAGGAAGAUGAGCAGAAGACAAUCAUGGGCUUCCCUUUUUAAGAAUACAGUUUUAUGGUAAUCAAGAAAAAUAUGGAAUGGGAUUAUGAAACACUGGGAAUCAAGGUGGAAAAGAAAAGAAAAAAAUAAGUAUUUCAACUUAGUAACAGAAAUCAGACAAACUAAAGAUAAAAUGUAUUUUUUGCCAUAGAAAUUUGUUGGGUAAGAAUGCUUACCCAGGAAGGAUUUACAAAUAUGACUACCUAAUGAUUCAGAUCUGUAUCCGGAAGACUGUUCAGAUUUCAUCAAUACUUCAGUAAUAUACCAGUAGUUUUAAUUUAUUUGGUGCCGUGAACCCAGUUGCCAGGAACAAGUCUGAGUGUUUUCAUACAUAUUUUUCAUAAAUUCAAGAGGCUUGCACAGACUCUUAACAAGCAUGCUUAAAGAAAUGGUGUUGCAUGCUUAAGUAGCAAAACUAAACAUGCUUUACAUAUUUUUAUACUCUUACUCAUUGUACCUUCCAUGGUUCUAGAAUUACAAGAGUGCGAAUAAAGCAAGAAAUAAUGUGAUUCUAUAGGACUGCAGCAAGUUUAGAAACAAAGUGUCUGACCUUUCUCUCAAGCUACUAAGCUCAUAAGUGAAAGUACCCUAAAUAUGAAGAAAAACAAUUGACAAUCAUGAUAUCAUUUUAAUUUUUAACCCAGUCAAAACUCAUUUGAAUUACAGAUGUCCUGCCUGUAAUUAGUUUCAAACAGAAAUUAUCAGGACUAUGUCUUUUAUUUAUUUAUUUUUAUUAGUUUAAAUGCUGCGUUAUUUGGGAUCUUUGAAAUGCUGCUACAAAGAAAAACGUGUGGAUUACUAAGUACUCAGCAAGAGACUUUAAAACCUUACAUAAAACCUGUUACAAUAUGUAUAAAAUUACCUAGUCUCAUUUAAUAAUUUGUAAAAUGUAUCUCUGAGUAUAGUAUUGAAGUAUAGUGUUGAAAAUGAUCAGUAAGACUGGAGAUUGUGGAGGAAGGAAAUCCGAUUUUCUUAUGUUGGUCAAAGGAUAAGGUCAGUAUUAUUUACACUAAGGUCUCCUCUAUUGUCUUACUUGCCAAUACUUCCUAUUAAAUAUGUAUAUUAUAUGACUUAUCUGCUCCCAAAUAUCUGUAAUCAUAAAGAGAGGUUUUAAUUCCUUUGUUUAAAAUCAUCUUUAAAUGUGUGUAAAUACUGUAGUGUGUUUAAUAGUAAUUUGUAUUUCCCUUUUUUUUUUUUUUUUUUUUUUGCUAAUACAUAAAGUAUAUUGACAUUAGACAAGGUCCGGGUGGGAUUUUAUCUCUUCCCUCAGAUCUUGACCUGGAUUUUCCUGAAUGUCCUUAGUUCAUAAUUUUGAAGAUUAUAAUUUUAUAUUUCAGAAGCAAGCAUGAAAUCUGGCAGCUAAAUUAAGAUCCUACCAUUUAUUGAUAUUUUCAAGAACAGCUAACUGGAGAGUUUCGGGAUGAUUUUUAUAAAAUAUAUUUAAGCAUCAGCUAGCUCUUUUUAUUUAAAGUAGGCUACACAGACAUUUGCUCAUGCUCUAAAUUGAUAUGGUUAUAUCAGUUGACUGAAGAGUUCUUCUUCUGUCAAAGUCCCAUAAAACAUUCAGAACUUCUUAGUUUUAUAGUAGGAACAACAAAUACUAUUUUGUAGCCAAUAAAAGUAAGCAUCCCUGUUUCAUCCCUUGAUGUAAUGAAUUAAUAACAAAAUCAAUCCAGAUUCUGAAGCAUUAUCAUUUUAUAAGUAUUAAAAGAUAUGUUUCAUUGAGGAAAUGAUGAAAACAUGAUCCUUCUGCAUGUGCAAAUGCUUUUGACUUAGUUGUGUCAAUUUGUAUAGCAAUUUCUAAAAAGCCAUAGAAAUUAAUUCUGGACUGAGAUAUGGCAACAACAUAACAUGUUAUUUUUUCAGCUUUAAAAAAAAUACCAAAGAAUAUAUUAACAUUUUUUAUAUUUAAACUUUGCAACUUUUAAAAAAUAAUUAUGAUUACCAAUGAUCAAGCCCCAUUGUAAAUAAUGAAAGACAGAUAUUAUACCAACUUUUCACAUAGGAAUCAUGUCACAGAAUGUUCAUUGUUUGGCUGAUGUAAAAAAAAAAAAAAAAAAAAACAGAA